AACACAACAACAACAACAACAACAUCAAAAAUACGCCUUGUCUCUCUUUUCAGCUAGUCACAAAGCGAGGAUACAACAGUUCAUUGUGUAAUUUGGAUUGUGUUGUCCCCUUUUACGCACCAAGCCGUGCGUGUCCACUGAAAUCUGAGCCUCAUUAGAUGCCUUACCGCCUCCCAUGGAGUAGUAGAGCCGGCUUUCCCUCAGUUCAGUUCUAACCACCGCCACUUCUCUGCGGUAGCACCUGCAUAUCUCUCCUACACGUUGUUACUAUGGGACAGACAUCGUCCACGCAACGAGAUCAACGGCCAGAACACCCCUCGCGAGUUACUACUUCCUCCACUCUCCACAGCAAUGGCCACAGCCGUACUGUGAACGCUCAAGAGAUGUCGGAACAAUCGGUAGGCGGCGGCCACCCCUCUCAGGAUGAGGGGCUUGCGGCGAAUAAUAGAAACAACACUUCCAAUAUGAUGAGAGACGCAUCGGCCUCAACGACAUCUUACCCAGCUUUCCACGAUACGAUGAUGUCGAACACCUCUUCCAGCUUCUCACAUGACCUUCGAACGCUUCCUCAACCCGUCCCACAACAAGAUAGCCGUCAUCCCUCACGGACCUUAUCAAGAAGGCAGUCGACGAUGUCUCGAUUAGGCACACGGAUCCUCCCAAAUUCUGUCAUACGGGGUUUACUGAAUAGCGAAGAAGAAACAGUUGCAGAGGGUCUUGCACACCGAAACGGGCGUUUGAUGAGACCUAUUCCCAGAACAGAGGUUCUACAUAGCCCCAGUCGUUUUUCUCCCUUCACCUCCCUGGGAUCUCGUGGUAUCAACCGGCGUCGCUCCAUACGCGGACCCUAUCCCCUUCCACGAGGUGAUGCAGCAUUAAUUCCAGAUUCUCCACCCAAUCCAACGUAUGCGAACCCGGCUAUCGACAAUGUCACUGCUUCAGAUAGAGGGUGGCGUCGCAGCCCACGUCUAAAUCGAGUUCGAAAUUCACUACCCACGCCCAUUUCUCAAUUCUUUGGUACCCCGCCGAGUGUGCCAGAACCGGAGGAGAUGAGGAUUCCACCGCAGCGGCCUUUACGUUCGAGUGUUACAGAGGGUAUGGAUCAGCUACUGCCCCCUCUGGACCCUAUGGACAUGCAGAUGGAUCUAGAUGAAACGUCUACAUCGGAUUUGGCGCAACAGUCUAUGACUGAUUUGCAACCUCUCUCAUCAUUACCUCUUCCCAGACCGUCACCAGGUUUAGGACCAGGUCCUAUCCGGCGUCUCCCUGGCAUUCUACGCACUCGGUCUUCUUCACGGAUUCCACGCCGAGACGAGCAGACGCCAUUGUCUCGAGUUCUGCAAGUAGCUGCAGCUGCAAUCGCAGCCCAACUUGCUGGAAAUAAUACCCCGACGCUUCCUAACAUUCAAUCACUUGGCAAUGAAGGAUUCGACGCAUCGCUAGAAAGCCUCUUUCAAAGCCUUCAGCAAGCUACAUCCGCUCAAGAUAAUCAAACUGGUCCUUCAAAUGGUCAAAAUGCCUCUCAGCCAGGUGCUCCCACUCCAUUGAAUUUUCUUCGAGUGUUCCGCUUCUCCAAUACUGAUGGCCCAGGCGGCCGAGCCGGGGGAACCGAACAGAUGGACGUAGAGGAUGGUGAGGAAGGAACUGAAGGUCGAACCGUCACCUUGGUUGUUGUGGGUGUUAGGUCUGUACCAUCCAAUGGACCACUCGGCAAUCCACAAAAUGGCGGUGGAAUUGGUCUGGAUACUCUUCUCGGUCUGCCACAUCUCCCCCCUAUCAGAGGCAAUGCGUCCCAGGAAGAAGGCAACCUCGACCACCCUAUCCGGAAUAUGGAUGGUACUUCAAGAAUGCCAUCCUCACGCAUUGGUAGUGGUGCCAGCUCUUCACAAGAUAACAUGACUGCUCCUCGAUCCCGCCCAUCUUCAGGUGUAUUCCGAAACCCGUUAGACCCAGCCCUUCCGUCUGGGCUAGCAGACAGCCCUCCAGGACCUUACCCUCCACCUUCCACACCAGCUGAACCAACUAUAUUCUCUUCAGGGAACUCCACUCCUAGUCGCAGGCCGUCCUCCGCAUCGGCUCUGUCUCCAAAUAUUCUACCUCAAGUCCAUGAAGAACCACUCCAGGAAUCUAAUCAAUCUGAGUCAUACCCACCAACUGCUGGCAGUGGUGUACGACAGCGACGUCGAAGCGACUCGGAGUUUGCUCGUCACCGGCAUCUUGGUUCAGGAUCAGCCAGACGCCAUGGAGUCGUGGAGCCAGAUCAGCCUGCACCAUCUGGAGGCCGUACCUGGGUUAUAUAUGUUGUUGGCACCAAUCUUUCAGAGAAUCAUCCAGCUUUCGCGACCCCGAGCUUGUUCACUGAUAACCCUACAUACGAAGACAUGAUUCUUCUCUCAUCACUUCUGGGACCUGCGAAGCCGCCUGUGGCCACUCAAGCAGACGUUACUUCAGCAGGCGGACUUUUUCACCUUGUUGAAUAUGCUGGUUCUCUCAUUGCAGAGGCCUUGGAGGGUGAUCAAACCAUCAAUCUUGGUGAAUCUGAGAGAUGUUUGAUUUGUCUGAGCGAUUACGAGGCUGCAGACGAGGUACGGCAGCUUGCCAAGUGCAAGCACCUUUAUCAUAAGGAGUGCAUUGACCAAUGGUUGACUACUGGACGAAAUUCCUGCCCUCUCUGCCGUGGCCAAGGCGUUACCGAGUCUUCGUCUAGCUCGAAUCCUAUGCCCACUCAGGAAGCAUCUGCAUAAGAUUCCGCCAUAUCUUUCACAGUAUUCUGAUUCCGCACUGAUGAUACAACCUUGUUUUGCGACUUUCAUGUACGAUUUAUCAAAUCAUCCAUUCGGCGGCGUUACGACCAUUGCAAGCGAGUUUAUUUUCGGCAUUACCUGGCAUUGUUUCUUUAUUUAUCUUUGUUUUUCACAGAGACUGGUUUUCGUUCGGAUUGAUAAGCAUACGGGGUCAGGCUGAGAUACAUUUCUUUUGACGGGGGAUAUAUUUAUUUCACCGAGUUUUGUAGUCAUAGCUUCUUGACUUUUCUUUCAGUUUUAUUUCAUUGUCUGUUUUUCUCUUAUGAUACCACUUGAUCUGCUGGCAUACACUGGAGAUGACACAUCAGUGAUCGGUGUCCUUGUUUUGUGAGAACAUUACCUGAGUUUGACAGCAUACAUAGUUGACAUUGAAGAGUAGAUACAUGCCGUUAUCUUGUAAAAAUAGAUAUUAGGGACUCGGAUCAUCAGCUAGAUCCAGAUAGGGACAUCUCUUUGGAUCAGGAUAGAACUUUCCUCCAAGUCUUUCGAUGAUCUGACACCUUUCAUCCAUAUUAAGCGCAUUGUAUAUGAUUCCCCAUGGUUCCGUCUCAAAUAUUGCUUCCAUCUCACCUAUAUGUAAAACCCAAACACCACCAUUGGAUGGCCAUCCUACGUGAAGUACUCCAUGUGGUUUCGACGAAGCAGGCCUCCUCGAAUAAAGACA